AUGACCACAGCUACUGAAUCCCCACAGCGUCGUUCCGCUUGGGUUCCUUCUCACGACAACAUCUAUUAUCGUCCGCGUCUCACCAAGAAAGCUUCCAUAUCCGCUGGACGUUUCCCUACGCCGUUGAUCGGUCCUCGAAGAUCUCGCCCACAAGCGAUCCACAUCAUUAGCUACCCGUCGGGUUACAUUCCCAAAGAGUUGCGACAAGAAAGCAGAGCGCAGACCCUAACGCCAGUCGUCGAGCCUACGCGUGCUCCAUCGCUGCAACCUACAUCAACCAACACGUCCAACGGGAGCAACAGCGAUCAUCUCAGCAACACCAACAACAGCCGAAGAAGUUUCAAACCUCGCCCUGCAGUUCGCCGUAGAGACAAGCUCUUUAGCACAUUUAGCUUGGAUUCGGGUCUUACAGCAGCCGAAGCGCCAUCAAGUAUUGACCGCUCGACUCGGCAAAGUGCGAGCGCUAUUUCCACUGCCAAUUCCAGUCAGCCAAUUGGCCAGACUUCUCAAUCCGACUUAGACCUGACCUGUGAGCCUGCAAUUGGGCCGAGAUUUACUGGGGCAAGUGCAUCCCCGCCAGCGUAUGACGACAUAACUUCACGCCCCGGUUCCGCGGCACCUGAUUUAGCAUCAACAUCUGCAUCCACAUCUCCAUCCACUUCCGCUUUCGCAUUUACUUCAACAACGCCAUUGAUUAACUCAAAUUCUGCCGAUUGCAACACACAGUCAGCAACACCCGCAACGGCAACGGCAACGGCAACAAUGACGACUGCUAGAACUUCACAUUCUUCAUUGGCUAUGUCCAACCCCAAUCGCAACAGUUUCAUGUCCGCCCGCUCUUCAAAAUCUGCCGUCACUUCAGUCUCCGAGGUCCCCAAACCCGUCGCUUCCGGCAGUGGCGUGUCGUGUUCCAUUCUUCUUGCUGAGCCAAAUAUCUUUCUCUCAGGUUUCGACCAUGAUGGUCACGGUAACCGAGAUGGCCAGAGCGGCACGGCCCUACUUCGAGGCAAACUUCAAUUGCGAGUCACAAAAAAUGUGAAGAUCAAGGCCGUCCAACUCAAACUUCUUGGCCGCGCCCGCACCGAGUGGCCUGAAGGCAUUCCUCCCCUCAAACAAGAUGUAUUCGAGGAGGAGAGUCUGCGCACACAAGUACUGACAUUUUUCAAUGCCAUGAAUGACGGCUGGGAAUCCGAAUAUGGUAACCAAUGCACUUAUCGUCUUAAGAACGCCUCUCCUAAUGGCAGCUCUACAAACCUCGUCCGUCCUAACCCUUCUACUUCUUUGACCCCGCAUCAAAACAACCUUUCCGCCAAAGAGAUGAAGCGUUUGUCCCUCCAAAAUGUUCAGUCGCGCAGUUUCCAGAAAGGCGACAGCCCAAUUGCCACAGCUACACAAGCCAAGGGUUACAAGGUCUUCUACCCUGGUACAUAUGAUUACACAUUUGAACUGCCUAUCGACCACCACCAGUUGGAAACAACUAAGCUGCAGUAUGGAUCCGUGAAGUGGGAAUUGCACGCCACCGUCGACCGAGCUGGCGCCUUUAAGCCCAAUCUGCACGGCACCAAGGAGGUUUCGAUUGUGCGUGUACCUGAUCAACUCUCUCUUGAGAUGACAGAGCCUAUCUCCAUUAGCCGCCAGUGGGAGGACCAAUUGCAUUAUGACAUCGUUAUUUCGGGCAAGAGUUUUCCCAUUGGUAGCAAGAUUCCCAUUGCCUUUAAACUUACACCACUUGCCAAGGUUCAAGUGCACAAGCUUAAAGUCUAUGUAACAGAAUCUAUCGAGUACUGGACAAACGACAAGCGUGUAACCCGCAAAGAUCCGGGCCGCAAGAUUCUGCUCCUCGAGAAGUCAGCUGGCAAGCCUCUCGAUUCCUCAUACGCCUCAUCUGAGGUCCGUACCCUUCGCGGCGGAGAGCUCGACCCUGAGCAGCGACGACAGGCUCGUGAGGCAGCUGCUCGAAGGAGAACACAAGAGGCCACCAGGCGACAGACUGCGGCCGAGCCACUCCCUGAGCCAUCAGCCAACCUCCUUGGUGAUCUGGAUCUUGGACUCGAGACUAUCUGGGGCGCGACAGAGAUCGAGGCCAAUGUACAGAUCCCGACCUGCGAGAUGAUGGCUAAGAACAAGGAGCUUCGACUCAACCCCGACUGCAGCUGGAAGAACGUCAAUGUUUUCCAUUGGAUCAAGGUUGUUAUGCGAAUCAGCCGUAUUGAUCCCGAGGAUCCCACUGGCACGAAGCGUCGACACUUCGAGAUUAGCAUCGAUUCCCCGUUCACGGUCCUCAACUGCCGUGCCACCCACGCCAACACCAACCUCCCGGCUUACACAGGCGCGAACUGCAACAACACCACUUUCCAGUCGGCCUGUGGAUGCCCUGACGCAGUCUCUGUCCCUACCGAUGCUUCUCCCAGUUCCUCAGAGGGCACACUCCCUGGUGUUAACCCCAGCACCGAUAAUCUUCCAGCACCUCCGCAGGCUGCCCAUCUUGCCAACGCUGUCGGCGGACAACAAGAGCCCCGACCAAUCCACCUACUUCGAGUUCCAAGCUUUAACCCACCUGCGUUUGAAGAUGAUAUCGCACCACCUCCCGCUGCCGACUACGUCACAGACUUGCGUGAGACUGUGAUGACACCUCCGCCCCAGUACGAUGUUGUGGUUGGAACUCCGAGUGUUGAUGGCAUGGCCGACUACUUUGCACGACUGGCUGAUGCCGGGUUUGAGGGACAGGAUGAUUCAGAGUCGGAUCCCGACGAUUCUCCACCAAGGAUUCUGGACCGUACUGGACGUGUUAAUGUUGCCAACCCUCGAACCCCUGGAGGCAGAAGAAUGCCUAGCCGAAGUCUGGAAAUUUCCAGACCAACAAUCCAACUCGACAUGAAUGCCCUCCGUAACCGAGCCGGGCGAGCAGUGUGA